UGAUUCUUGGCAGACAGACAAAUUUCAGUGGGGAGGAGUCUUAUGCUUUAGGCCAGGACAGACCAAAGGACAAACAGACUGAACUGUAGAAAGAGAAAGUGGCUGACAUCUGAAGAACAAAGAAUAAAAACACCUGAUUAUCCUUUCUGGAAGCAGAGAAUAGAUGGCAAUGUCUCCCACUGCCAUGGUGGCCCGCCGAGCUCUUGCUGCGGCAUCGCAUGGGAGCCACGAGGGAGGAGCAAAGACCUGGAAGAUCCUGUCCUUUGUAUUAGCACUGCCUGGUGUGGGUAUCUGCAUGGCUAAUGGUUACAUGAAGAUGCAGGCCCAUUCCCAUGACCCUCCAGAGUUUAUUCCAUACCCACACUUGCGCAUUCGAACCAAGGCAUGGCCCUGGGGUGAUGGAAACCACUCACUCUUCCACAACCCUCAUGCAAACGCUCUGCCAACCGGUUAUGAGGGACCUCACCACUGAGAAGGAUGCCUUCUCCUGUCUUUGCUACACUUAGUGGUCUGUUAAUGGUCUGUCUCCUAGGAUGUAAUCAACAGGGUCCCCAUGCUGAUGACACAAUUUUUGUGAACACUUUUAACAGAAAUAAACCACUGUUUUCACUGUAAAGAGAAUUUUGU